AUGAGUUCUUCAUCAAGCUCUCGCGAACCUUCACCAUCUAUGAAACAAACUUUACCAAACGAUUAUGGCGCACCUAUUGAAUAUUUCUUACGAGCUGCACAAUGGCAAAGAGCAGUCUCACCAAGGUUAGGUGUUCCACCAGCUCCUGUCAAAAAUAGCAUUUGGUCAAGUCCUUAUAUAAAAUAUGGUCUCCCACUAGGUUUGCUAGCUACAGCAGGAGCAGUUAUGAUGUUGAAAAGAAAUAAAGCAAAUGUUGUAAAUAAUACUGAAGUAGCUGAAGUUAAACAAACUCCAACACCUUCGCCAAAACCAACGUCAAAACCAACGCCUUCACAAACAAAACCUUCAAUGACUCCUGAACCUAUGGAAGUACAAACUCCUGUUCAAAAGUCAACUCCUAAACCGACUCCAACAUUUAAACCAGAACCUACUCCUCAAAUAAAUCGUAAAACUCCUGCGUUUCCUUACUGA